AUGACAUCAACAUUUGUAAUUAGUAUAUUUGGAAUAUUUUUAGCUACAAAAGUUUUAUUUACAAUUGGUGGACAAAAUUCAUAUUUUGAUAAUUUGGCAAUAUCAUAUAUUUUAUGGACGACAUUUUUAUUGGUUGCAGCAUAUUUAGUAUUAAGAUUAUGUUGUAAAGCACAAACUGAAUCAAGAAAAACUGCAUUAUUAAUACAUGAGAUAAUGCAAAAGAAACCAUCAUUUAUGCUGGGGAACGAUGAAUUUUAUAAUAAAAUGAAAUGUUUUACAUUACAAUAUUUACAUUGGGAACAAUAUUUUCAUUUUAAUGGAAUCGGUUUAUUUUCAUUAGAUUAUACAUUUAUUUUCUCAGCUGUUAGUGCUGCAACAUCUUAUUUAAUUGUUUUAUUACAAUUCGAUAUGGCAACAGUAAUUGGAAAUACUGAAAAGAAACCAGAAGUGAAAAGUUAA